AGGAUUUAGCAGGUUAACUAGUUGGAACUUCGGCGACAAGAACAGCAUAGAAAUAUACCAGGAAAUAGUCGUUGAUCAUGUAUAUACGACAACUAGUCACCGGGACUUUCAGGACCGUGAAAUUAACCCCAAAGUUAUCACCACUCACAACCACUCGUUCCAUCUACUUACAUAAAGGUCCUCGUGUGGCUGGACUUAAAAGAGAUCCUCAAGAAGCCUUGGUGAAUCUGCAAGGAUUGAAAUAUGAAUUAACCGACGACAAUAUAAAACACAUCAAAACUUACUUGGGAGACAAGUAUUCCAUACCUGAUGAUAUUGUAUUACAAGUCCUUACCCAUAAAUCAUUUGGAAACGGGAUUAAACCAUAUAAUGAGAAAUUAGCCGCUAUGGGAUCUAAACUCUUACUGUUCUAUUUGGCGAAGCAUGUCACCAAAUCAGCUAACAAGGAUUCAUUUGCUAUAAACGGUCGUAAUUUGGAUGUUUUGGGUUCCCCAAUUUCUAGAGAGUUAGGAGGAUUAUUCACCUUGGGUGUGUUUGCCAAACAACAAGGAUUAAAUCAAGUCAUGUUUUGGACCACCAGAAAUGCCAAUUUGGGAUUUGAAAGUAGUGGGGAGUUAAGAAUCAGUGCACAAAUGAUGUAUGCUUUAAUUGGGGCCGUUAAUUUCUAUCAUGGUAAGGAAGUUGCCGAAUUAUUUAUUCAAGAAAGAUUGAUUGAUCAAUUGGAAAAAAUCACCGUUGAUCUUGUAUCUGGUAAGGCAGAAUAGAUUGAUUGACAUUCAGGGACUCAUCUUGUAUAUAGAGCAAAACAUCAGAAGGACUAACUAGCAUCUUCGUGUAUAAAAUAUUGUAUAUACACUCACAUUGUAUAUAUUACCAUAAUAUCAUAUAAAAAGAAGAAUAGUUGUUGAAAACAAAAUUCUGCAACCAAAUUGUUCAAUUUUCUAUUUGCUUUCGUAAACUCGUGCGGGUCUAUAUCUUGAAAUUAUGACCUUGUUCAUAACGCCUGACUAGGUUAUUUUAGUCUCCUAGACUAAGAAGCUGUUGUUGUAUAAAAUGGAGAUACGAGAAUGCUAGCAAUUCUGGGAAGCAACACAGUAACUAGUGAAGAUUUAGAACAACAGUAUUAAUUCUGGUCAGAUUUUGCCCAAAAUUUAGCGAAAAUCAGCCACAAAAUAGAGGCCCCGAAAAUGUUUAUUAAACACAAUAUUAGGAUUUAGGCCAAAAUAAAUUCAAACAGAGCUACAGAACUAUAUAUUACCUCUCUUGGAUGGAACCGGCAGUCUUAUAUAUUAAAUAUGGGUCAAAAUCAAAGGGAGGACUACUCUUACGCGUAACCCAAGCUAUUUUUCGUUGACGAGACGGUCCAAAUACAGUCAAUACAAAAAUCAUUUGUUAAAGAUCAAUUUGAUAAAUUUAUAUUAAGAAAAUAUGUAACCGAGAUAGAUGUCUAUUGUCAGAAGACGAAAUGUCGUCAUGAGUUGAAAUCGAGAAUGCAAUCAAAUUAUAAACCUGUGCUCGACUUUGAAUAGCAAUCGUUAUAACGAAGUGCAAUGAAAUUGAUUUGGACUGCUAGUUAGAUUUACCUGUUAAAAUAACUUUCUAUGUAUUGCGUGUAUCUGAUAGCGGCAUCUGUUGCCUUACUUUUGUACAUAACCACUUGAACGUGCAGAUGCUUGCAUUUUUUCCCAUCCCUAGUUUAUAGUUUAUAGUUUAUAUUGUUCAGCCUAAUCCCAAGUUUUACAAGAGAAAUAGGCUAUGGAAAUAACAAGCGAUCAAAUUUUCAAACUACAAGAGAAGUGAAUAUCUAUACAGACUUAUGAGAAAUGUCUGCAACAACCUAAAUAAGGUGGAAACGACUUU